AUGAGCACUUCUAGUACCAUAUUCCACGCACAUUUUAGUCCAAAAGGGUUAGCCAUUUCCUCUAACAUUCUUCUUCCAACUCGGCCACCUUGAUCAUUAUCACUACUCACUACGUACCCAACCACACAUAUCUUAUAUAUAUCCACCACCAUUCCCUAUAUAUAUACAUAUAUAUCUAUACCCAAACACCCAUCACCCCAAAAAAUGGAUCAAACACAUUCACAAACCCAGAUCGAGCUUGUCGUUGAAACACCUAAAGUCACCAUCGACACAGCACCAAUGCCUCAAAAUCUUCAUAAUAAUGUCAAGACGAAGAAUAAACCCAUUUUAUCGUCGAUAUUGACGAAGUUUCACGCUGGUUACUUCCGGAUAAGCAUGUCACUCUGCAGCCAAGCAUUGCUAUGGAAAAUCUUAGUGGAGCCAAACGACGACGUUCACUCCUUACGACAAGUGUUUCGCUUGGUGCCCCCGACGGCCUUUAACUUCCUAUGGUCCUUAGCUCUGUUCACGUUGGUCUUACAGUCCAUUCUCUUCAUCCUCAGAUGUUUGCUGCACUUCCAAAUGGUCAAGGCGGAGUUCCUUCACCAGGUGGGAGUCAACUACCUCUUCGCUCCGUGGAUCUCAUGGCUUCUCCUGCUUCAAUCCUCACCGUUCGUCACGCCCAAGACGCUGUACUACCAAGUGUCUUGGUGGGUUUUCGUCGUCCCGAUUGUGGUUCUCGACGUUAAGAUCUACGGCCAGUGGCUGACCAAGGGGAAGCGGUUUUUAGCGACGGUGGCUAACCCAACAAGUCAGCUGUCGGUGAUCGGGAAUAUGGUGGCGGCUCGGGCGGCGGCGAAGAUGGGAUGGAAGGAGAGUGCGAUGUGCAUGUUUUCGUUGGGUAUGGUGCAUUAUUUUGUGCUUUUUGUUACACUUUAUCAAAGAUUAAACGGCGAAAACACCCUUCCGGCGAUGCUGAGACCGGUGUUUUUCUUGUUCAUUGGAGCUCCAAGCGUGGCGAGCUUAGCUUGGUACUCCAUUAAUGACAAGUUUGAUAUUGCCUCCAAGAUGUUGUUCUUCCUCUCCCUCUUCCUUUUCAUGUCCUUGGUUGCAAGACCAGAAUUGUUCAGAAAAUCGAUGAAGAAGUUCCACGUGGCAUGGUGGGCCUACUCUUUUCCGUUGACUUUGUUGGCAUUAGCUGCAAUAAAGUAUGCAGAGGAAGUUAAGGGUGGGAUAGCACACGCAUUGAUGGUGGUUUUAUCAGCAGUGUCAGUGUUGGUUUGUGUGGUCUUAAUAGCAGUUACCGCAGUUAAUUCAAACAUUUUGUUACCCGAUACAUCACGUUCUAGUACUAGCACUAGUAGUAGUAAUAGUAAAAGUUCAAGUACAAGUAUUAGUAGAUGUGACUCAACAUAGAUAUCAAGGGUAGGAACAUUAUUAGUAACUAAUAUUAUACGUAGGAUUUUUCAGUGUAGGGUGACAAAAAGAGGAGCACUAGGGCGGACCAUUUAUUCUUGUGUUUUUGGUCCGUGCUCAUGUUUUUUGUUUUUUAUGAUUAUAUAUAGUUAUUUAGAUUAUUUUUAAAUAAUUUAGAAGGUUGAAAACAAAGUUCCAACAUGUUAUUAUUCUCCUGAUUAUUUUUGUAUAUACGCGUUGUAAAUAAAAUGCACCAUAUAAGCAGCCAUUAUAAUUUAAGAGGUGCACUGUAGAAAGACUCAUUAUACAUGUACAACGAAAUAUUAUCUUGGCGUUAGUGUGUGUGGAUAUUCUUUUC